CUUGAUAGCAAACCACCCGCCGUCACCUGCCGCCCUUAGCUGUAGCAUGGCACCUGAUGCGAAGAGGCUCAAGACAGAGGAUGCCCCCCCGGCGGGGGUCGUCGUUUGCGAUAACUUGAUCGGCGGAGAGAGCACCCCCCCGCUUUCCGGAACAUACCUGGAUGUAGUAUCCCCCUCAGAUGGCACCGUCCUCGGAAGAGUCGCCAUGUCGGGGCAGAAGGAGGUCGAGGUCGCAACAGCCCGUGCGGAGGAGGCGUUCGUGGGGUGGAGCGGCAUGACGGCGAAGAGCCGCGCGGCCGUCAUGUUUAGAUUCCACUCCCUCCUCGAGAAGCACGCCGACGAGCUGGCGGGCUUGGUCGUGGCGGAGAACGGCAAGAACAAAGCGGAGGCGCUGGCGUCGGUGGCCAAGGGGAACGAGACUGUCGAGUGGGCGUGCUCCAUGCCUCAGCUCAUGCAGGCAAGAGAGAGAGCGACACAUAUGCAACGUGUGUCUUGUGCUGUGCUGUCGCUUCUCGGGAAGAUCCUCCAAGUUAGCCGGGGCAUCGAGUGCCGGGACCUGAGGGAGCCGCUGGGGGUCGUCGCCUGCUUAGUGGUUGCUACAGUACAUCUCAUCGAGGAGGGGGAUAUCAACACUGCCCUAGCAGGAGUCCUGGCAGAGAGGGCCUUGGGAACAUGUUGGAUGUUGGCCCUCGCUCUUUCGACACACUCUCCUCUUUUUCGUCGUGGCUACUGUGGAGACAUCAAGCUGGUGCCAAUGCUGCCGCUGACGAUCAUUGUCAGGUGGACGGUGCCGAUCGCCCUGACGGCGGGCAACUGCGUGAUACUCAAACCCUCGGAGAAGGUUCCGCUGACCAUGCGAAAGGUCGGACAGCUGCUCGGGGAGGCCGGGCUACCUCCAGGGGUUUUCCAGAUCGUGAACGGCGGCAGGGAGGCCGCGGAGGCUUUGUGCGACGCCGAGGCGGUCAAGGCUCUGACGUUCGUCGGGAGCAGCGGCGUGGCCAAGUCCGUGGCGGCGCGUUGCCACGCGGUCAACAAGCGGGUGCUGGCGCUCGGCGGCGCGGAGAACCACCUCAUCGCUCUCCCGGACUGCGAGGUCAUUCAGAAAUCCAAGGCUCUCGAGCCCGGCACCGAAGCGGGCAAGGUCGGGCCCGUGAUUAGCACAGCUUCACGAGACCACAUCGUCGGACGCAUCGGUGCGGCGGAGGCCAACGGGGGGGAGGUGCUCGUUGACGGGAGGGGAUGGUCGGAGCGGAAGCCGGGCACGUGGGUCGGUCCCACGGUGAUCGUCAAGAGCCGCAACGGCAACAAAGGCGACGGCAAGUCGGAGGAGAUCUUCGGACCGGUGCUGAUGGUCGUCAAGGUGGAUACGUGGCAGGAGGCCCUGGCGGUGGAAAACGCAUCUCCCUUCGGGAACGCCGCCUCGGUGUACACGUCGUCUGGGCCGGCGGCGGACUACUUCCAGACCCGCUUCCGGGCGGGCAUGAUAGGGGUAAACGUGGGCAUCCCCGUUCCGCGCGAACCGUUCGCCUUCGGCGGUUUGUCAGGGACGCUGAGCAAGUACGGCGACUUCGACGUCACUGCGGAGGGGGCGAUGGAGUUCUUCACCAAUCGCCGGAAGGUAGGGGGAGGCGGGGGGGCAUCAUAG